UUAACACUGACCAGUGUAAUAAUCCAUCAGUCUCUAUACUGCAUUAACACUGACCAGUGUAAUAUAGCACCAGUCUCUAUACUGCAUUAACACUGACCAGUGUAAUAUAGCACCAGCCCCUAUACUGCAUUAACACUGACCAGUGUAAUAUAGCACCAGUCUCUAUACUGCAUUAACACUGACCAGUGUAAUAAUCCAUCAGUCUCUAUACUGCAUUAACACUGACCAGUGUAAUAUAGCAUCAGCCCCUAUACUGCAUUAACACUGACCAGUGUAAUAUUGCACCAGCCCCUAUACUGCAUUAACACUGACCAGUGUAAUAAUCCAUCAGUCUCUAUACUGCAUUAACACUGACCAGUGUAAUAAUCCAUCAGCCCCUAUACUGCAUUAACACUGACCAGUGUAAUAAUCCAUCAGUCUCUAUACUGCAUUAACACUGACCAGUGUAAUAUAGCACCAGUCUCUAUACUGCAUUAACACUGACCAGUGUAAUAUAGCAUCAGUCUCUAUACUGCAUUAACACUGACCAGUGUAAUAAUCCAUCAGCCCCUAUACUGCAUUAACACUGACCAGUGUAAUAAUCCAUCAGCCCCUAUACUGCAUUAACACUGACCAGUGUAAUAUAGCAUCAGUCUCUAUACUGCAUUAACACUGACCAGUGUAAUAAUCCAUCAGCCCCUAUACUGCAUUAACACUGACCAGUGUAAUAAUCCAUCAGUCCCUGUACUGCAUUAACACUGACCAGAUUAGGUGUAACUUUUUUCUCUUUUUUUUCAGAGUGGGUCUUUGUUGUUUAUUUAGUGUACUUUUGUGCUUAUUAGGGAAGUCUUUCCUUCCCUUACUGCAGUUUUAAUGUCUGUGCACCUGUGUUUGCGUAAGUUCCUCUGGAUAAGAGGGUCUGCUAAAUGGCAGUAAAUAACAACGUAGCUAGCAUUAUAUAUAUUAUACUGAAUGGUGCCUCAUCCACAAUCACCAAUCACUGAGGCGUCUGCUGUAUAUCCUAUUUACUGAAUGUCUGCACUUGAGGAAAUGCUUGUCUAAUAAACUCGUGUCGUAGACUGUGGCAGUACUGAGCACUGAUACACACAAUGAAGGUAUGAAAUAAAAAGCAGCCGAAUGGCAUGUUGUACAUAAUAAAUGCAUCCAGAAUAACAGUGAGGGAGUUCUUAUAAAAACCAAGUAAUUAGAACGCUGCUAUGUUUGAUUCAACCCCCCCCCCCACCCCCCAAGGGAACCACAACCCAAAGCCAAUCGUUCCUUCAAGUGAAGUAUUAGGUUAUAGAGUGGAACUGAUUGGUACGUACGGACGUCAGUCAUUAAAUUGAUGGUAGGCAGGCUACUGUAGGGCUGGGCGUUAAAACGAUAAUUAGCUAGAACAGCUUUGCAAGAUGCUGGGCUUAUUUUAUUUUUUCUAUAAGGCCUACGUGAUUCCAUACUGGUUGUAUAGUCUAGAAAAUUCUUUUUACCACAUUGAAAAAGGGGAAGCUAAAACUGAACCGUCAUAUUAGCCACUCGUUCUCUCUUAUCUCAAACAUAGGUACUUGCUCGCAUUCGCCGUUAUUAUAGGCUAACUGACCAGUGAGAACAAUUUGUUUAUCUAGCUGUCAGGCGUGGCCAUCUUCGUCCCCUUUAAUCGGAUGUACAGUCUAUUCCCGCUGUCUCAAAUCCGACAGAAACUGUCCUGGACCUCAGCCCUCCACGCGGUAGAGGCUACACCUAGCUCGUGCGUUGCGCCUCCAGUUUGUAAUGUAUGCAGCCAGCAACCACCGUAAAGCCGCAUGCGCACCUUCCGCUCCGCCUGCCUGCGGCCCCCUCCCCCGGAGUAGCGCCCCCAACAAACGAUCCGAAGUCAGCUCAGACGUCCGUAAUCCCGGCUAUUGGCUUUUUCUGGGAAUGCUGGAUAGCGAACCAGGAUCAGCGGCGGGAGCUACAGCCUGCACUCUGCGGUUAUUGCCGCGAUUCGCCGUUGCGUGAUGCGUGAUGACAGCCACGCUCACCUGUAGUUUUUGGGCAGAGAUCAUCAUCCUCAGCCUGGACCGAGUGUAAACACUGAUCCGCAGCGCUGAUGUCCGUCGCGAAAGGAGAAAGAGGAACACAGUUUGGCAUUACCACGGACGAAAAACUGAUCUCUACCGCGCCUGACUUUAUGAACACUGAUCUCCCCACCACUCUCACACUGCUGAUCGAUUUACAUCCUCUUUCCUGUUAGUAAAGAGAGGGAGAGGGACAGGGAGAGGGAGAGAGAGAGAGACAGAGACAGAGAGAGAGAGAGAGAGAUAGACAGAGAGAGACAGAGCAGACAGACAGACAGAGAGAGAUAGGCAGAGAGAGACAGAGGCAGACAGAGGAGAGAGAGAGAGAGAGAGAGAGGGGGAGGAUCAGUGGCUCCAUGGCGGGUCCGGUAGAGGAGAGUGUGCUGGAGGGGGAGCUGACCUGUCCUGUGUGCCUGGAUCUGUUCAGCGACCCGCACCUGCUGGCGUGCGGGCACAACCUGUGCCUGGCGUGCGUGCGGGGGCUGCGGCGGCGGGCGGAGCGCGGAAGGUUCCGGUGCCCGGAGUGCCGGGAGAGCCUGCGCUGCGGCGGCCCCCUGCAGAAGAACUACCGGCUGGCCAACAUCGCCGAGGACUACCGGCGCCGGGGCCGCCCCUGCCGCCAGGCCCCGCCCCCGCCCCCCGUGCACUGCGACUACUGCUCCCCGGGGGCCGCCGCCCCCGCCGUCAAGACCUGCCUGCAGUGCGAGGUGUCCAUGUGCGCCGAGCACGUGCGGCCUCACCUGGAGCGGCCCGCCUUCCGCGAGCACCCGCUGACCGAGCCGCUGGGCGACGUGCGCGAGCGCAAGUGCGCGGCGCACGACGAGGCGUACCGCUACUACUGCCUGGACCAGCGCGUGUUCGUCUGCAACGCCUGCACCAUCGAGGGCCAGCACGCCGGGCACACCAUCAAGACCCUGAAGAACACCAUGAAAGACCUGAAGGAGUCUCUGCAGGUGCAGGGGCAGAGGUUGAGCAGGAAGGUUUCUCGCACAGAGAGAUUUCUGCAGCAGCGUGCCGAUGCUGAGCGUGACAGCCAGCGGUUUGUGGAGGGUGCGGAGCAGCAUUUGAGAGUGGUGGGGGAGCAGCUGCAGGUGCAGCUGGGUGGGUUUCUCUCAGCUCUGCGGGAGUGUGUGCGGGCCCACAGCGGGGCGGGGCCGGGGGCGGAGCUACAGCUGAGUUUCAGCAGGAUCACUGAGGACCGGGCCCAUCUACAGCAGGCUCAGACCAGCCUGCAGGCCCUCCUGCAGGAGAACGACCCCUUCCACUUCCUGCAGGAGUACCAUUCAACGGAGAAAAAGGUGCGAAAAGCUCUGAAGAGGCCACUGUUCUCUCCAGGCAGUCUGUGUUUGGAAACAGAGGCACUUGCUGAGAUCAUGGAGGCCAAACUGGAGGAGUUUCAGACUGAAUUCAGACUUCAGAUCACUGAGCUCAUCCAGACUGUCUGUGUGGAUAACAAUGGAGAGGAGGAGGAAGAAGAGGGACGAGAGGAAGAAGUGGAGGAGGAAGAUGAGGAUGAGAGUAGUGAGAGUGAUGAUGAUGAAGAUGGUGACCAUGACGAUGAGGACGAUGAGAUAAGAAGUGAGGGGGAUGAAGAGGAUGAUCAUAGCGAGUCUGCUGAUGACUUGUACAACCCUGAGGAAGAGGAGGAAGAGGAAGAUGUCUCCUCUGACUAAUGGGGCUCCAGUGUACAGUAGCCCCACACAGGCCUGAUUAGUUCAGUUUAACAACAUUUACUGGGAUCAGGACAUACUUACAUCUGUCAAUCAUCUUUUGCUCCUAUUAAAAUGAUGUUAUUGAGGUUGUUGGAAUUGUGUGGUUGCUAUUAAAACUUUGGAUCUUUUGGAAGAAAAUCAGGGCUGUUAUUUUACUGUAAACUACUACCCCUAUCUGUAAGGCUCUACUGCCCCUCCAGGAGCAGGUCUAUAAAGCCCUACUGCCCCAUGUUUAUAAGGUUCUACUGCCCCCUGCUGGAAAAGAAAUACAGUCAGAUUCACAAAUGCUUACGUUUGAACACACAUACGUACACACAGAACAGACACAUACCCGCAAACGUACACACACCUACACACAAAACAGACAUACACCCGCAAACACGCACACACAUACAGACAAAACACACAUACCCGCAAACGCACACGUACACUUGCACACGUACAUUUGCUCACACAUACACAUACUCAAACGUACACUUACACACGUACACUCGCACACAUGUACACUUACACAUACACACGUACACUCGCACACACAUACACUUACACACAUACACUCGCACACACAUACACUUACACACGUACACUCGCACACACAUACACUUACUUACACUUAUACUUACACACGUAUACUCACACACACAUAUACUUACUCACACUUACACUUACACACGUACACUCGCACACACAUACACUUACACACGUACACUCGCACACACAUACACUUACUUACACUUAUACUUACACACGUACACUCACACACACGUACACUUACUCAUGUUUACACUUACACAGGUACACUUGUACACUCGCACACACAUACACUUACACACGUACACUCGCACACACAUACACUUGUAUGCACGUACACUUGUACACACAUACACUCACACACACGUACACUUGUACACACAUACACUCGCACACACGUACACUCGCACACACAUACACUUACACACACAUACUCUUGCAAAGACAUACAGAGCUUAUUUACACCCAGGCUUUUUGCAUGCACAUAUGAGCACACACAGAAAUGAGGCGAAUGAGGCAAAGUUUGUUUUAAAACCUUUUUUCUUUUACCAACAUCCAACUUUUUUCAUAUUACUUCCAUCUUUUUCCAAGCUGUGCUUUUUAAGACUUUUAUUGUGAAAUUAAGUUCCCUUUAUUAAAAUUAACAUAAUAAAAAAAACAGAACAAGGUUGUUGUUUUUUUUUUUUUUUUUUUUUUACCAGAAUGAACAAUUUAUGUUGAUUUA